CAGACUUUCUAUUUCAUUCCUCACUGAACCUCACUGGCUUUAGGAGCUCAAGACUUCCCAGGCACUUUCAGUGGGGACAGAAAGAAGGGUUUUGGAACCAUUAUUUUCUCAUAACAACAGCAACUUAAAAUGCCUAGGAAGAUGGCUGUGAUCUUUGGAGCCUCAAAUAUACUUUGGAUGGUGUUUGCAGUUUCUCAAGCUUUUAAAAUCGACAUCUUCCCUGAAUCCAAAAUUAUUGCUCAGAUUGGUGACUCCAUCUCACUGACUUGUAGCACAACAGGCUGCGAGUCACCAUCGUUCUCCUGGAGAACUCAGAUAGACAGUCCGCUGAACGGGAAGGUGAGAAAUGAGGGGACCAAAUCCACGCUGACCAUGGAUCCUGUUAGUCUGGGUAAUGAACACUAUUACCUGUGCACAGUGAUUUGUGAGUCUCAGAAACUGGAAAAAGGAAUCCCAGUGGAGAUCUACUCUUUCCCUAAGGACCCAGAGAUUCAUUUGAGUGGCCCCCUGGAGGUUGGGAAGCCAGUCACAGUCACGUGUUUGGUCCCUGAUGUUUACCCAUUUGAAAGGCUGGAGAUAGAAUUACUGAAGGGCAACCGUUCCGUGAAGACACAGAACUUCCUGGAAGUUUCAGAAAUGAAGUCCCAGGAAACGAAGAGUUUGGAAGUAACCUUCACUCCUAUUGAUGAGGAUAUUGGGAAAGCUCUUGUUUGUCAAGCUACAUUACACAUUAAUGAAAUUGAUUCUCAACCCCAAGUAAGGGAGACUACAAAAAAACUGCAAGUCUACAUCUCACCCAAGGACACAAUUAUAUCUGUGAAUCCCUCCACAAGCCUGCAAGAAGGUGACUCCGUGACGAUGACAUGUACCAGUGAAGGUCUACCAGCUCCACAGAUUUUCUGGAGCAAGAAAUUAGACAAUGGGAAUCUACAGCUCCUUUCUGAGAAUGCAACUCUUACUUUAAUUGCUAUGAGGAUGGAAGAUUCUGGAAUUUAUGUGUGUGAAGGAGUUAAUCUGGUUGGGAAAGACAGAAAAGAGGUGAAAUUAAUUGUUCAAGAGAAAAUGUUUACUGUAGAGAUCUCUCCUGGAUCCCAGAUUGCUGCUCAGAUUGGCGACUCAGUUGUGUUGACCUGUGAUGUCAUGGGUUGCGAGUCCCCAUCUUUCUCUUGGAGAACCCAGAUAGACAGCCCUCUGAACGGGAAGGUGAGGAGCGAGGGGUCCAAGUCCACGUUGACCCUGAGCCCUGUGAGAUUUGAGAAUGAACAUUUUUAUCUGUGCACCGUGACAUGUGGGCAUAAGAAACUGGAAAAGGGAAUCCAUGUGGAGCUCUACUCCUUCCUUAGAGAUCCAGAAAUUGAGAUGAGUGGUCUGUUAGUGAGUGGAAACCCAGUCACUGUAAGCUGUAAGGUUCCUGAUGUGUAUCCUUUUGACCGACUGGAAAUUGAAUUACUUAAAGGGGAGAGUAUUAUGAAGAAUAAAAUCUUUUUGGAAGAUGUAAGUAAGAAAUCCCUAGAGACCAAGAGUUUGGAAAUGACCUUCAUCCCCACCACUGAAGAUACUGGAAAAGUUCUUGUUUGUCUGGCUAAGUUACCUAUUGAUGAAAUGGAAUUUGAACCCAAACAAAGGCAGAGUACACAGAUGUUAUAUGUUAAUGUUGCUCCCGGGGAUACAACCAUCUUGGUCAGCCCCUCCUCCAUCCUGGAGGAAGGUAGAUCUGUGAAUAUGACAUGCUCUAGCGAUGGCCUUCCAGCUCCGAAAAUCCUGUGGAGCAGGCUGCUAAGUAAUGGGGAUCUACAGCCUCUUUCUGAGAACACCACUCUUACCUUAACGUCUACAAAAAUGGAAGAUUCUGGUAUUUAUGUCUGUGAAGGCAUUAACCAGGUUGGAAUAAGCAGAAAAGAAGUUGAAUUAAUUAUCCAAGUUGCUCCAAAAGAUAUACGACUUACAGCUUUUCCUUCUGAGAGUGUCAAGGAAGGAGACACUGUCAUUAUCUCCUGUACAUGUGGAAAUGUUCCCCAAACUUUGAUAAUCCUGAAGAAAAAAGCAGAGUCAGGCUACAUAGUGCUGAAGUCUACAGAUGGUGCAUAUACCAUCCACAGGGCCCAGUUGGAGGAUGCGGGAGUAUACGAAUGUGAAUCUAAAAAUGAAGUUGGCUUGCAAUUAAGAAGCAUAACACUUGAUGUUAAAGGAAGAGAAAGUAACAAGCACUAUUUUUCUCCUGAACUUCUCAUGCUCUAUUGUGCAUCCUCCUUAAUCAUACCUGCCAUUGGAAUGAUUAUUUACUUUGCUAGAAAAGCCAACAUGAAAGGGUCAUACAGUCUUGUAGAAGCACAGAAAUCAAAAGUGUAGCUAAUGUUUGAAAUGUUCAAUCAGAGACACUAUUUAUCAGUUCAAAUCCUCAGUACUGCUCAUCAUUCCAAGAGGAAAACAACAAGCUAGGAGUCCAGACUUCCUUGAAUGUAGUGAACUCUUGGAAAGAAAUGGCUGCCUAUGCCCCUUGUUGUGAGCAAGAAGCCAAAGGAAAAUUUCUGCCUAAAAAAUAGGCACUACCUUUGAGAUGUGACGACUGGAGUAGUUUCUUGAUGUGUAUAUGCAAUAACAUGAUUUGUAUAUAUGUAAAAUAAAACUAUGCCAUAACAAGAUUGCUUGGAAUAUCAGCACACUAUAGUCACAUUUCUAUAAUUAUUAAAAUGUUGCUGGAUUGACUGUUAUAACUUAAUGCAUCUUAAUAUUGAUUGGCAGCUGAACUAUGUCAUCUUUUUGAUAUUUUAUUUCCUUUAACAAAAUUUUAUUCCUAUAAAGUUCAUAGACAACAGUUCCAUGUUUUGUAAAGAUGUUAGGGUUUUAUAUUGUUAUAGGCAAACGAUAAACCAAGAGGGCACUAGGUUGACUUUCAGGUACUAAACACUUCAACCUAUGGUAUAAUGGUUGAUUGGAUUUCUCUGGAUGGUACUGAUAUGGUACGGAGACGUUUUAUGAUGUUGUUUGUUCAUCAGACUCUUGUGUAACUUUCCCAAAGUGGUCUAAAAAUGCAACUUCUUUUGAUUUUCUUUUGUAAAUGUUUAGGUUUUUUUGUAUAGUAAAGUGAUAAUUUCUGGAA